ACCGAUACUAUAUCCUAUACUUCAGUAUGGUAUUCAGUACCUAUUUUUGGCCUUAUUCAGUUUCAGUUCAAUACCAAUUCUACCUUUAAACUAAACCUACUUUCCAAACCAAAACAAUACCGUUAUUAUACCUUAUACUUUCGGUAUUCGGUUCUUACUUUUGGCCAUAUUAGAUUUUAUGGUACCAAUACUGGUUUGAUUCAAUUUCGGUAUCGAACUCACCCUAGGCGAAAGAUGUCACACCCUUAUCAUUCGUCAUUGUAGGUAGGAAAGAUUGAUUACAAAAUAAGCAAAUAAAGGUUAUUAAUAGGUUGCUUAAUAUGGUUUGGGUGACCCACCGACCCGACCCAAUCACCACCUUGAUGCCAAUCAGUCCGAUAGAAACAAAGAACACCCACAAACAAUCAAUCAGUCUGCGUUGAGUGAAUUAUGAGACUACCAAAUGUUGUCUGAUAGCAACGAAUUCUAAGUUCUUAAAUUCCUUCUUCUUUCUUCGAUUCAGCUAAAAAAUCACUCAACAGGGUUCAAAAUCUGCGCCAGAGGGAGAGAGGGGAUCUAUAUCUUUUUACCCAAGAUAUGUGGACGAUACCUUUGGGAAUUUCAGUAAACACCCUCUCUCCCAACUUCAACAAAUUAGCUCCUUUCUACCCUUCCAGGGUUCAUCAAUCGUCUAUCCCUUCUCAUCUCUCCAGAUCAGACUCAAUAGGGAUUUGCAAAGCGAGUCAAGUGGUUGAAAUAUUUCCAAUUGUGUCCCCUGAAAUUGUGGUGCGUGAGGCAAGAAUUGAAGAUUGUUGGGAGGUUGCAGAAACGCAUUUACCCACUGGUUGUAGAAGAACAUGUCUUGUUGCUGUCACCUCCACUGCUCAAGAUGACGACAACACUUUCUUUUUUGGUGAUGAAGAUCUCAAAAUUGCAGGUUUUGGUGCAAAGAUUAGUCUCAAUAAAGGAUAUGUUGCUGGGAUUUUGACUCUAGACACUGUCGCUGACUUUCUUCCUAGGAAAGGUCCUCUUCGUCAGAGAAGGACUGGAAUUGCAUAUGUGUCGAAUGUUGCUGUGAGAGAAAGGUUUAGAAGAAAGGGAAUAGCGAAAAGGCUUAUAGCAAAAGCAGAGGCUCAAGCUAGAAGUUGGGGGUGUAGGUCAAUUGCAUUGCAUUGUGACCUAAAUAACCCUGGUGCCACUAAUUUGUAUAGAAGUCAGGGUUUUAAGGAUAUUAAAAUACCCGAAGGAGCUAAAUGGCCCCAGCCCAGGACCUCACCCGAUAUGCAGUUUAAUUUCAUGAUGAAGCUCCUUGAGAAAAACCGAACCAAUUGUUAGGUACAAGUAGUAUUGCAAAAGGUACAAGUGAUAAAGGGAGGGAGUCAGUCAUAAUGGUAUGUUAGGGGUCUUAGUAGCUGUUUGUUUGUUUAUACAUGAAAUGUAAUUGUAUAUUGUUAUAGGUAGUGUACUUGUUUGUUCUUGUAAGGUAAAUCAAAGUUACGGUUUCUUUUUCUUGUGAUGUUUUAGAACUAGAUUAUCAAUCACAUGCUUAACUUGGGUGGC